GGGCCGGGCGGCCUCUCUGCCGCCGAUAGGCUGCGUCCUAUGGCCUGAGCGGCUCCUCCGGCCUAGCGCCCUCCUCCCGCCGCGGGGGUGCAGGUCGGUCCCAGCACUGCAGCCGCUCUCCGCUGCUCCUUCAGCCGCUCGGGGUUGAACUACGCCUCCGGCCCGCGGCUGCCACCCCGGCUGUGACGGGAGCGCGGCCGCCCCCUUCCUCGCCCUGCCAGGCGGACGCGCGGCUGCCCCCGCCCCCGUCGGGCGGUCCCAGGCCGGUCGCCGCGCCCGGCGGAGGCGGCAGCAAAGCCUCGGCAGGACCCGCUCGCUGACACCCCAGUGCCGGGUCCUGCAACGCCGCAGCGAGUCGGUGGUGCCUCCCGCCUCCUUCCCGCAGUGCCAGAAUGCGGGACCUGGUUGUCGCCGCUUUCCUGCUGCAGAGCAUCGUCGCUUCGGGCGCGUUCGCCAGUGGGAGGAGAAAUGUGGAUCCCGAAACCAACAUGAACAUCAGUCAAAUUAUUACCUUCAGGGGAUACCCUAGUGAGGAAUAUGAAGUGACAACAGAAGAUGGAUAUAUCCUUUCUAUUAACAGAAUUCCUUAUGGAAGCAAAGGCUUCGAGGGAAGCAAAGGUCCAAGGCCUGCUGUGUUUCUGCAGCAUGGUUUGCUUGCAGAUGCCAGCAAUUGGAUCACAAACUUGGAUUACAACAGCCUCGGCUUUAUGCUGGCAGAUGCUGGAUAUGAUGUGUGGUUGGGAAACAGCAGAGGGAACACCUGGUCCAGGAAACAUACACACUUCACAGUGAAGCAAGAAGAAUUCUGGGUUUUCAGCUUUGAUGAAAUGGCUAAAUAUGACAUUCCAGCCUCAGUAGACUUCAUUUUGAAGACGACUGGCCAGGAACAAAUAUUUUAUAUCGGCCAUUCACAGGGCACCACAAUGGCUUUCGUUGCUUUUUCAACUUUGCCACAGCUGGCUAAGAAAAUCAAAGUGUUUUUUGCCCUGGCACCAGUAGCUACAGUCAAGUUUGCCACCAGCCCUCUGGCAAAAUUGGGAGUGUUUCCUGACCUGCUACUUAAGGACAUGUUUGGAAAGAAGCAAUUCCUCCCUCAGAAUUCUUUGCUGAAGUGGCUUGCUACCCAUGUUUGCACCCACAGAAUACUUGAUGACCUUUGUGGCAACAUAUUCUUUCUUCUGUGUGGUUUUAAUGAGAGAAAUUUGAACAUGAGCCGAGUGGAUGUGUAUUCAAGUCACUGCCCUGCAGGGACAUCUGUACAAAACAUGAUCCACUGGAGCCAGGCUGUGAAGACUGGAGAACUCAAAGCAUAUGACUGGGGAAGCAAGGCUGCAAAUAUGGCUCACUAUAACCAGUCUGCUCCCCCUUUCUACAAAAUAAAAGAGAUGACUGUACCAACCGCGGUGUGGACUGGUGGACAGGACUGGCUGGCAGACCCUAAGGAUGUUGCUAUGCUGCUCACUCAGAUCAAAAACUUGGUUUACCACAAAAGGAUUCCAGAGUGGGAACAUUUGGAUUUCAUCUGGGGCCUUGAUGCACCUUACCGCAUGUAUAAUGAAAUAAUUAACAUGAUAAGGAAGUAUCUCUAAAUCUGCAUAGUAUUUUACCAUAUUAAUUCAUUAGGAAUUAAUCUUUUUGGAACAUACGCUUUUUUGGCAAUAAUACUACAUUGUUUAUUUAUGAUGCAUUUUUAAAAUGCCAGCAAUGACUACUGAAUUGGAUUAAUAUUUGAUUUGUCUUUCUCAGUAUUAUUUCUCUCUCCUAUGGAAAUCCUCAUCGUAACCUGCUGAUUUUGCACAGUGGCAUGGUACUCAAAAAAAAAAAGCAGUGUGAGUUUGCACAAAAGGAGUACAACAGUACAACAUUUUAGUCAAAUUUAGUGACAUGUCUGAAAGACAAGUUCGUUCAUUUAGCACCCCAGGUGCUUGAUGAUUAAAUCAGUAAUUAUUUCACUGUGCAUAAACCACCCUCCUUUCUUAGUACAUUGCCAUUUCUGAGUACCUUUCAGAAGUACUCCUUGUACUGCAGCGACCCAUUUGGUGCUGAUAUUUUAAAAAGCACUUAGUGACUUUUUGUUGUGUGUAUUGUUUUGGUCAUCACAUACAAGCUAGCUACUUCAAUUGACUUUCUUUUUCAAGAUGGCCCAGAAAAACUGUCAUGAAGCCAGUGAUAACCAGUUGAAAUCUCCAGUUUUGGAACAGGUGCAUUGCUUCAUUUUUCUUGAUUUAGUGGUGUUCUUGAAGCCUUUCACGGUUCCCAUACCAGAUAUAAGAGAAUCUUUAUUUGCCCAUGCAGAUUCCUGGAACAAGAAAGGCUUUUAAAAAAAAUGUCACUUUCAGUUAGUUUGUCAGCAGGUUACGGCUUUGAAGGAGAAAGAUGUAACGUAUUUGUGUUUUGUUUUCUUUGCACUGACCACUAGAAAAUAAGCUUCCCCAGUAUACUACUGGGGACCAAAGCCAAAGUAUUGAUUCUGCAGCUUGAGUGACCUAAUUUGUGUGGACUUUUCCCCAUAAUCAUCUGCUGCUAAAGAUCUGUUUACUUCUUAGCUUCUUCUGUGGUGCUUUCCACCAUUGUAUUUAGGAACUGUGUAAUUCUCUGGUGAAGUAUUAACAGUAUUAACACUAGGUUCCAUUUGUCUCUGUUUCCACUUCAAAAUGGGGCUAAGCCCCCAUUUAAUGGGGCGGGAGAGGAUUCACAUCUGCUUCAGGGAUCUGACUUUGGAGUUGAAAUGUCUGCAGCUACAGGUGCCUUGCUCUUUCCAUUGGCUAUGCAGAGGUCUUGGAGUCCUCUGAACUGCACAAAGUUCCAUGCCAAAUACAGAUGUAUGAGCUGUCUCUAGUUGCCUCAGUCCAGAUGAUAAUUUCUGUGCCGUGGUUGGAUUCAACCCAGAUUUAUGUUAGUAACACCAACAGGAUAAAAAGCCUUUUCUACACGAUGUAGAAAAUAGUGGAUUUUAAACUGAGGCUUUUUUUUUUUUUUUUUUUUUUUUGAAAUUACAAGAAGGUAUGUGAGCUAUAAUUUCAAGUUUGUUUGUUUGGGUUUUUUUAGUUUUUAAUUCAGACUCAGGAAAUCCUUAAGCUUUUUUUAAAGAAAAAAAAAGUGGAUCAUGGUAUUUCAGUUGCAGUUCCCAGCAGAACAUCUUUGUAUUUUUUUAGCAGCCAUAUUUGCUUCACCUUGCUGUGCUGAAAGGAAGUUUCUGUAGGAAUCCAAAGUGACAAAUUUAGCAGUUGUUAGGGUACAUGAUACAGUAAGAGCUGUGUGCAUCAUGUUUAUUAAGUCUGAGAUAUUUCAAUAAACAUCAAACCUGUUUGGAGUGA